AAUAUAUAUAGAAAAUAUGAAUACGUCGGUGUUGACCAAAGUACCCCAUCGUUGGAGGUACAUAGGAUUUGUAACGUUCGCUUGUGUGUUAGUAUAUACAACGUUUCAUUAUAUGCAGGUGCCUACCGGAAAAAUGGAUUAUGUUCUGGAGAGGACAGGCGUUCCGGCGGAUAGGAUCCUAUUCUUUGAUGAGAGUAAUGAGCAAAUAUCAAAUCGGAUACACGGCAUCGAUAAUUUUGAAUCAAAUCUACCGCGAAUUCAAUUUGAUUUCAGUGAAGAAUCAGAAAACAGUAAACAUGUGCGAGAGACAAGAAGAGACGCUAUCAAAUCAUCGUUUCUUCAUGGUUGGAAUGGAUAUAAAAAAUAUGCAUUAGGUGCCGAUGAAUUAAAGCCAUUGACCAAUACGUCAAGCAAUCCUUUUGGGGGUUUAGGAGCUACCAUGAUAGAUAGUCUCAGCACAAUACUUGUGAUGGGUUUAGACGACGAGCUUGAAGAAUUACUGCCUUUGAUUGAAAAUAUUAAUGUCAAAGUUGACGAACAGAUGAGCGUGUUUGAAACCAUUAUCAGAUACAUGGGCGGGCUUUUAAGCGCUUAUGAACUCUCUGAUCAUCCCGGGAAACGUGUUUUACUCGAUAAAGCUGAAGAAAUAGGGCUUGCUUUGUUACCUGCUUUUGAUACAACUUAUGGAUUACCUCACUAUCAUUUUAAUCCGUUUACGAGAGUUUCCAAAACAAAUACAACUUAUUUAGCGGAUGCAGGGACAAUUCAACUAGAAUUUUUUACAUUAUCAUACCAUACUGGAAAUCUUAUUUUUGCAGAAAAGGCACAAGCUAUUACAGAUUUUCUAGAUUCUGCUGAUGAAAGUCAAGGUGUAACUGUUCCAGGUCUGUAUCCUUAUGCUAUUGAUAUUUCCGAGGGGGAGUUUAAUAAAGAUUCUUCUGUAAGUUUCGGAGCCAUGGGAGAUAGUGCUUAUGAGUAUUUUUUAAAGCAAUACAUCUUGGUGGAGGGUCGGAUACCUCAAUUUGCAAGAAUGUAUCAACAAUCCAUCGACAGUAUGAAAUCUCACAUGUUGCUUCAAUUGCCUGGUACCAAUUUUCUGUUUCUUCCACCCUACAGUUCGGAACUAGACCUAAAGUCUGAUACCAUGGACCACCUUACAUGUUUUGCUCCUGGUAUGCUUGCAAUGGGUGCUAAAAUAUUCAAUCGGCCCGAUGAUAUGCAAGUUGCGAAAGGACUUCUAGACACAUGUGUACAUAUGUAUCGGUCAUCAUACACAAAUUUAUCACCAGAGUUAUGGGGAGUAGCGGAUGAAGUUGAGGCGUACGAUCCCUUGACUUAUGAACAGAUAGACGACGACCUGACUGCUGCUCGCAGCUGGAGACUGUGGGGAACUGGGUAUCUAAAUCCCACAGAAUCAACAGAAACACGGGUAUUGAAAGAUGUUGAGACAACUCCUUCCGGCGUAAUAGCUUAUGACGCACGUUACCUGUUACGCCCAGAGACUGUAGAGAGCUUGUACAUUUUGUAUAGAAUAACAGGAGACCCUGUAUAUAGAGAGUAUGGCUGGGUGAUAUAUGAGGGAUUAGAAAAGCAUUGUAGAACAAGCAGCGCUUACGCUUCCAUUAAAAAUGUAAAUACUGACGGGACAGAAUCAGGACAAAACCAAAUUGACAGCAUGGAAACGUUCUUGUUUGCUGAGACGUUCAAAUACCUAUAUUUACUAUUCAGUUCCCCAGAAGUUGUUUCCUUAGACAAAUUUGUGCUAAAUACAGAAGCACACCCACUUUUAAGACGUCCCUGGACAUUAAAUUUAAAGAAUAAUAAUAAACCAUAG